AACUACCAUAACAAAAUACACCUUUGCUUUUAGCAAAGCACAGUAGCAAAUAGAGUGAGCGAGGCACGAGAGAGAAAAAAAACCAGAAAAUGGCUCUAGCAAGCAAAAUGGCGAUGGAGAAAGCUUCAAUAAGCCUUCUAUGGAGGUUUCCAUCAAACCUUUUUCAAUCAUACAAUUGCUCCACAACUUCAUCAGCUACAACUACUACUACAACAACAAGCGCGGGAUCGACGAUUGCAAAGCGCAAAAAAAACAAAAAAAAUCUCUUCGAAGUAGCGCAGUUUUUACCCAACUGGGGUCUUGGUUAUCACAUGGCAAAAACUCAUUGGACUAAUGUUACUUAUGAAAUCACCAAGAUUAAUCUCUACAAGGAUGGUAGACAUGGGAAAGCUUGGGGCCUUGCUUACAAAGAUGGUCUUCCCGCUCCUGCUCCAAAGAAAAUUAGCGGAGUUAACAAGCGCUGUUGGAAAUACAUUCGGAACCCACUCAAAUUAGAGUCUGAGCCGAAGCCUGAGGCUCAAGAAGCUUAAUGGAGUCUACAUACAUCACUUAGUUCUAUAAAAUGCCUUCCAUGUUUUGUCAUUUCUCUUACUAAGGAAGGUGUCAUUUGUUUGUGACUCAAAAUUUUCAGAUAAUGUUUGGUUUGUCGCAUCAUAGACAGAAUUUAUGUAGGAAAACAAACAUAGAGGUCUUGACAUAAGAUGAUGUCUAGCAGUUUGAUAAGUUUUGGUUAUAUAUGGCUUUUCCUGUCAGAUAUCACUUAAAUUUCUUCAUGAGAUGAUAGUUCUUUUCAUUUUUCAU